CGAAGAGGAGGAAUCUGCCUACCGCACUCAGGGAUGAGGGAGACUGGAGUUGGGGGCGCAGAGGAGAGCUGCAAACAGGUGGAAGGCCGGGCUGCGGUUCCUGGUUGGAGGCUGGUUCCAAUGAGGUUGAAUCAGAACACCUUGCUGUUGGGGAGGAAGGUGGUCCUGGUGCCCUACACCGCGGAGCAUGUGCCCAGGUACCACGAGUGGAUGCAGUCUGAGGAGCUGCAGCGUCUGACCGCCUCGGAGCCGCUGACCCUGGAGCAGGAGUACGCCAUGCAGCGCAGCUGGCAGGAAGACGCGGACAAGUGCACCUUCAUCGUGCUGGAUGCCGAAAAGUGGCAGGCCCAGCCCGCUGCCGCCGAAGAGAGCUGCAUGGUGGGAGACGUGAACCUCUUCCUCACAGACCCGGGAGACCCCACCCUGGGGGAGGUGGAGGUCAUGAUCGCAGAGCCCAGCUCCAGGGGCAAGGGCCUGGGCACUGAGGCUGCACUCAUGAUGUUGUCGUACGGAGUGACCAAGCUGGGUCUGACCAAGUUUGAAGCUAAAAUUGGACAAGGAAAUGAACCGAGUCUCCGGAUGUUCCGGAAACUUCACUUUGAGCAGGUGGCUGUGAGCAGCGUCUUCCAGGAGGUGACACUCAGGCUAACCAUGAGCGAGCCUCAACAGCGGUGGCUGCUGGAGCAGACGAGCCACGUGGAAGAGAAAUCCUACCGGGACAGGUUGACAGAGUCCUGCUGACCUGGGCCACCUCUGCCACAGCUUAGAGCCCUGUGUGGAAACCAUGGGGGCCUUCGGGGCCAGAACGCUCUGUGCCCACGUCCUACUAGGAUCACCUUCCUGGACUCAACGAACUGUCUCUGGCACUCCUGCACCAGCCAGCAAUGUGGCUGAACACAUCAGGGUCGUGCCCUCCUUCCUCCUGGCCAAACUGACUCAGACUCCAGGAACCCAGGGUGGCCGCCAGGAAUCCUGAGCAGUCGGGGAGGGCAGGGGUGAAGGCAUUGUGGGGAAUGGACAGGCCUGUCUCCUUCACUGGUCAGAGU